UACAUUUCCAAAUCGAACCGCCAUUUGUGUUGCAUCUCGAAAUCUGGAAAAAAUUCGAUCCAAGUGUUCUAUGAGCUUCUGUUUUUUAAUAAUAAUAAAUAAAUAAAUUCGAUAAUCAACUGACACCAGAAAAGAGCGGAACACAAUGUCGCAGUUCAAUUUUGUGAGCGAUUUGCAGAAUGCUCUCAUCAUGGACGGCGAGACGCGCGGACCUGCGCCCAGGUGGAAGAAGAAGCUGGAGGCGUCUCUAAAUGGAAGUGUGAAUACCACUCGGUCGGUGCUAUCCGUCUCGUACAACACCAGUUUCUCGGGUGUCCAGGCGCCCACGAAAACUCCGGGCAAGAGCAGCGAGGGCAAGACCAAGAAGUCCAACACCACGCCCUCUAAGACGCCAGGAGGCGGAGAUCGCUUUAUUCCGAAUCGGGCGGCUACCAACUUUGAGUUAGCACACUUUCUGGUGAACAAAGACUCCGGCGAUAAGUCCGAUGAGGAGAACGACAAGGCCACCUCGAGCAACAGCAACGAGAGCAAUGUCCAGGCUUCGGCUCACAAGGGCGACCGGCAGAAACUCAUCUCUGAAGUGGCCCAGGUCGGUGACUCCAAGGGCGGGCGCAUUUUGUGCUACCAAAACAAGGCUCCCGCUGCUCCAGAAACACACAACAAUCCCCUGAAGGUCGUGUACUCCAUUAAGACACCCAUAUCCACAAAGAGUGGCUCACGCUAUAUACCCACCACAUCCGAGAGGAUUCUGGAUGCACCUGAUUUUAUUAACGAUUACUAUUUAAAUCUUAUGGAUUGGAGUGCCGACAAUAUAGUGGCUGUGGCCUUGGGCAGUUGCGUCUAUUUGUGGAACGCACAGACCGGAAAUAUCGAGCAGCUUACGGAGUUUGAGGAGGGCGACUACGCAGGCUCGCUAUCGUGGAUCCAGGAGGGGCAGAUACUUGCCAUCGGCAACAGCACCGGUGCCGUGGAGCUGUGGGACUGCUCCAAAGUGAAGCGUCUGCGAGUGAUGGAUGGACACAGUGCCCGAGUGGGAUCCUUGGCCUGGAACUCAUUCCUGGUUUCCUCUGGCAGCCGGGAUGGCACCAUUGUCCACCACGAUGUGCGUGCACGUGAGCACAAGCUUUCCACAUUGUCCGGACACACGCAGGAGGUUUGCGGCCUAAAGUGGUCCACGGAUUUCAAGUAUUUGGCUAGCGGAGGCAACGACAAUCUGGUGAAUGUUUGGUCGGCGGCCAGCGGUGGCGUGGGAACUGCCACCGAUCCCUUGCACAAAUUCAACGACCAUCAAGCUGCAGUGCGUGCCUUGGCCUGGUGUCCCUGGCAACCAAGUACUCUAGCCUCUGGAGGCGGCACCGCCGAUCGCUGCAUCAAGUUCUGGAAUGUGAACAAUGGCACUUUAAUGAAAUCCGUGGACUCCAAGUCGCAGGUCUGUUCUCUGCUCUUUUCUCGCCACUACAAGGAGCUGAUCUCUGCGCAUGGUUUUGCUAACAACCAACUGACCAUUUGGAAAUACCCAACAAUGGUGAAGCAAGCCGAUUUGACUGGACACACGUCACGAGUUCUCCAGAUGGCCAUGUCUCCGGACGGCAGCACAGUGAUCAGCGCCGGAGCUGAUGAAACCCUGCGUCUUUGGAACUGCUUCGCUCCCGAUCCGUUGGCGUCCAAGAAGGCAGUUUCGACCAGCAAGGGCAAACAGAGCGUGUUCCGACAGAGCAUCCGUUGAUAUGCUCAGACCUUUAGAACUGUUUUUACCCCCUUGAUUGCUAAGUUUAAGCUUCAAUACUUACUACUGGUAUGUUUUCCAGACUAGACAAUUAUUUCUUGAAUGCAUAUCCAAUUUUUAUGUUCUCGUUUAAUGUUUCGUACUUUGUAAUUACGGAUAAAUCUCUGAUUAUGUGCCCCCGCCGACGAUAUAUGAAUAAUUAAAUUUUGUCAGUUACUUUUAUUGCUUAGAGUUAAGUUUGUGUGCGUAUAAAUAAAAUGCUUGACAUUC